GCUCGUCGUAAGGACAAGGAUGUGAGCGCCGUUACCUCAUCUCAAGAAGAAGCCAAACAAUACCUGCACUCAGCUCUGCUCGAGUGCACAACACCUGAAGACAAAUUGCGUCAAAUCGUUAAUUUGCCCGAAGGUCUCGACUACAACGAAUGGCUGGCCUCACACACGCUGGCAUUUUUCGAUCACAUAAACCUAUUGUAUGGCACGAUAUCGGAGUUCUGCAGUAUGUCUGGCUGUCCUGAUAUGACCGGCCCCUGCAAUAGGUAUUACCUAUGGAUAGACGAAAAGGGAAAGAGAUGUAAAGUAGCGGCGCCUCAGUAUAUCGAUUAUGUCAUGACGUUUACACAGAAGAUUGUCAACGACGAGUCCAUAUUCCCCACCAAAUUCGAUAAAGAGUUUCCGACGACUUUUGAAACCAUAGUCCGAAAAAUAUUAAAACUAUUAUAUCACGUGUUGUCACAUAUAUAUCACUCGCACUUCAAAGAGAUAGUGCUGUUGAGUCUUCACUCGCAUCUGAAUUGCAUUUUUGCUCAUUUGGUUCUCUUCAACGAUCGAUUCAAACUCAUUGAAGACAAAGAGAUCGAAGUUCUGCACGACUUAGCCAUUGCUCUGCGGCUGUUCCCACCCCUCGUCACCGAACAGGAC